CCUGCCAUUGCGGAAACAGAAACCAACAUCAACAAAACAAAAUGGGGGCCGUGCUGGAUACCCCCGCGAAGUGUCCUCUCUGCGACGAGUUAACCCGCGACCCAGUUGUGCUGAAAUGCAACCACCGGUUCUGCCAGCGAUGUAUCGGAGAUUUAUGGAGCGUCACCCCUACCGGACCAUACCACUGUCCGGAGUGGAGGUGCAAAACCGUUUACCAGACUCUCCCGUUUGACAGCAGCCUCAUCCGGCCGCCCACUCCCGGCCGACCGGUGCAGGCACGCGGCUCUGCAGGGUCGUCCAAUAAUGUGGAACAAACCACCUCCGACCUGAAACAAAAGACGUCCUCUCUGACCAGCAGGCUCCUAGGGAAGAGGAAGGCCAGCUCACAGAUUCCAGAGCAACCUGUCUCCAAGCGAUCAAAUGCUGAGGCGUCAGGCGACGUGGAGCCUACUACUUCUGCGUCGCUGAACCCCAACAAGCCGCCUGGCGGGGGGAUGUCUCGGGAAGCAGUGGGUGCCCUCCAUGCGCGGUCAGAUCAAGGUGAUGGACCUGUCCCGAAUGAAAACGUUGGCCCGCAAGACACCUCAAGGAAGACGGCAGAGUUGGUGGAAGACUCGGACACUUCCAGUGAGAUAGAUCUGUGCGAUGCACCUCUUUCUGUGACCCCAAAGCCAGUUACCCAUGCAAUGUCAAAGCCAUCCGCAGCGCCUGGCAGUUCCAACUGCGGCAGCAAGCCUUCCAUUCAGGGUUUGUCUCGUCUAAACCAAGUUAGCGGGGGGUCUCCGGUAUCCCCUAAAAAAACAAAAUCUACUUCAGGAUCCCCAAUCCAUGUCAGCAUUUUCCUCCAACCAGAGAACAAAACCAGCACCCCCGUCCCUUGCCAUUACUGCCCUAAAACGGGGUGUCAGCCAGCAGUAAAUACUUGUUUGGUGUGUGGGGCCUCCAUGUGCAAAGAGCAUCUGCUCCCUCAUCUGGAGUCCCCAGUCUUCCAGAGCCACACCCUGAUUUCUCCAGUGGAGGACAUCUCCCUCUGGAAGUGUCAGGAGCACCAGGAGGUCAACCGGAUCUACUGUCGCCAGUGUGAAAUGUGUGUGUGCACUGUGUGUACGCUCAUUGGCUCCCACCGGGACCAUGCCUGCAUCAGCAUCAGGGAGGCAGAGAACCAGCUCCGGGCAAACUUGAAAGAGGAGAUCAAACAACUGCAGGAGACGGAGCAGCAGGUGAAGAACAGAGUGAGCCAGCUCGGAGAGAAGAAAGAAACAUCCAGAGUUGUUCUAACCAAAGCUCAGGAAAGUGUGAAGCAGCAGUAUGGAGCCAUCCGGGAGGCUUUGGACCAGGAGGAGCAGUCGGCUCUGCAGUGCAUCCUAAAGGAGGAGAAAAGGGUCCUGGGGGGCCUCGAAGACAAGCUGUCUUCUCUCCAGAAGACGCUGCAGUGCAUCCAGAAAAGCCUGCACACCCUGGAGGGUCUGGCUGACGCCAAAGCAGACAAACGUGUCCAGGACCAAGUCUUUAUCAUGGAAUACUGCAAGGUUUCUCAACUAGUGAGUGGCAUUGGGAGCUGUGUGGAGCUGUUUGAAACACCAGAAGAAGUUGACUGCGCCCGUUUGAACUGCCUGAAGACCUGGACGGAGAAACGUCUGGACACGGUCAUUAUCAACAUGCCUGGCAAAGACAGAGACCUCUACAGACUGCAGUAUGGAAUAAUCCCCGUCCUGGAUGAAGACACAGCUCAUCCCAAACUGCAGCUGUCUGACAACAACAGGAAAGUGAGCUACAGCGAGACCCAACAGGCCUACGCAGAGCACGAGUCUCGCUUCACCUCCUUCCCACAAGUCCUGGCCUCCAAUAUCCUGGAGAAGGGCCGCUGGUAUUGGGAGGUGAACGUGCCCGUGGACGACGGCCGCUGGAAGGUGGGGCUGUGCGAGAGUCAGAUGGAAAGGAAAGGCCAGAAGGACAACUCCCGUCUGGGAUUCAACAGUUGCUCCUGGUGCCUGGCAUGUGACAAAAAGAAGCUGGAGGCGCUUCACAACAAAGAAUCGAUCCCAGUGAAGACGGAUGGCCUUCAAACGCUCGGCGUGUUCCUAGACUUCGAGGAUGGCAGCUUGUCAUUUUUCAACGCGUCACCAGGGGGCAGUCUUGUUUUGUUGCAUUACUUCAAGCACAGCUUUUCCAGCCCUCUGUACCCAGCCUUUUCUGUUUCUAAAACCCGGCUUGCCAUGUGUGACCUGUUCCAGUAGGCAGACAUCAGUUCUGCUUUUUAAUUUCAGAAUAAUUGAAAGUUUUAUCUUUCUAUAAAGAGAUCUUUUCAUUUAUUCUUCUAAACUUGGCAUCAGGAGCAUUUAUCCAGAAUACAGGUUCAUAUCAGUACAGCAAUAAGAGAAUAAAUGAGAGGUAAUUUGUUGGUUAUUUUACAUUCCAUUGAUCAUUUUCUACAUUUUUUAAAAGGUUUUUAAAAUGAAAAAAUCAAAGGUGUUUCUAAGUGAAAUGUGAGCUGUUCUUAUAUGUCUUUGCUAAAAACCUUUAAACAAGUUCUCAGAUUUUUCCGAAGGAUUUCUUAUGAUGUCUUUUUACUCAAUAAAAAGCUUCAAAUGCAAA